AUGGCCACUUCAGUCAACGUCAACGGCAUUGAGUUCCAGCCGAGGCUGCUCAUCAAUGGCGAGUUCGUCGAAGCAUCCGACAAGGCUACCUUCAACGUCGUCAACCCUGCCACCGGCGAGAUCUCUUGCAAGGUCCCCGAGGCCACCGAAGAUGAUACCAACAAGGCUGUGGCCGCGGCCAAAGCAGCUCAAGCCGGAUGGGCCGCCCUGGACCCAACCAAGCGCGGUGCCUGCCUCAAGAAGCUCGCCGCCUUGAUCCGCGAGAACAACUCGACCCUCGCCCACCUCGAGUCCAUUUCCAUGGGCGUGCCGCUGUCGCACUACUUCCACGCCAGCGCCGGCGCCGACGAGCUCGACUACUUUGCCGAAGCAUGGCCGCACAUCCAGGGCCAAUCCAGCGUCAACACGCCCGGCUUCAUGACCAUGACGCUCCGCCAGCCCUUUGGCGUCGUAGCCUGCAUCAUCCCCUGGAAUGCGCCCCUCUACUUCUUCUGCGGCAAGGCCGCCGCCGCUUUGAUCACGGGUAACACUGUCGUCCUCAAGUCCUCGGAAAAAGCUCCCCUGGCCGUCGCCUUUGCCGCCUCGCUCAUCGCCAAAGCGGGUUUCCCGCCCGGCGUCUUCAACGUCCUUUCCGGCCACGGCGUUCCCUCCGGCCGCUGUCUCACGCGCCACAUGGACGUGCGCGCCCUCUCUUUUACCGGCUCCAGCCGCACGGGUAAGUUGAUCCAAGAAGAAGCCGCCAAGACGAACCUCAAGAGCGUGACGCUCGAACUCGGCGGCAAAUCCCCAGCCAUCAUCUUCGACGACGCCGACAUCGAGCAAGCAAUUUCCGCAACCAUGACUUCCAUCAUCCUCAACUCGGGACAAGCCUGCAUAGCCAACUCGAGGCUAUACGUGCACAAGAGCGUUUCGCAGAAAUUCAUCGAGGCCUUCACGCAGCGCAUGGCCUCUGUGCAGGGCGGCAACCCGCUCGACGCUUCAACGCAAAUGGGUCCUCAGGCGGACGAGGUGCAGUACAAGAACAUUUUGUCGUACAUCGAAGAGGGCAAGAAGACCGGUACUUUGGCCGUGGGCGGCAAGGGAAAGCUGGACUCGACAAAGGGAUACUUCGUCGAGCCGACCGUGUUCCUCAAUACACCGGAGGACGCCAAGAUCAUGAAGGAGGAGGUGUUCGGUCCCGUGCUGAAUAUUAAUACCUUUGAGACGGAGGAGGAGGUGAUUGCCAAGGCGAACGAUACCGAGUUUGGCUUGUACGCGGCCGUGUUCACCAAGGAUCUGAGCAGGGCGAUGAGGAUGGCUAAGGCGUUGGAGAGCGGCUAUGUGGGCAUUAACUGUACAAGCCCUACCGCGGGAAGGGAUUUGCCGUUUGGUGGGUAUAAGGGGAGUGGACAGGGACGGGAGGGGAGACUGUAUAGCAUGGAGCACUUUUUUGGAGGUUAA